AGGAGAGAGCCGGGCGGCGCUCGCCGCGACGUCCGGGGUCUACGGUGGGAAGCGGAGGCCGCGGUGCAUUUCUCUGCCCUUGACAGCCCUUCGCGUCACCAUGGCUGCCCUGGCGGCUCUGCGCGGCGGCGUCCGCCGGCCUCUGCUUCGCGGACUGCUGCAGGAAGUAAGAUGUCUGGAGAGAAGUUAUGCAUCCAGACCCACUUUGAAUGAAGUGGUUAUAGUAAGUGCUACACGAACUCCCAUUGGAUCCUUCCUGGGCAGCCUGGCCUCUCAGCCAGCAACCAAGCUUGGUUCUAUUGCAAUUCAGGGAGCGAUUGAAAAAGCAGGGAUCCCAAAAGAAGAAGUGAAGGAAGUCUACAUGGGCAAUGUCAUCCAAGGCGGUGAGGGGCAGGCCCCCACAAGGCAGGCAGCACUGGGCGCAGGUUUACCGAUUUCUACUCCAUGUACCACGGUAAACAAGGUUUGUGCUUCAGGAAUGAAAGCCAUCAUGAUGGCCUCUCAAAAUCUUAUGUGUGGGCAUCAGGAUGUGAUGGUGGCAGGUGGCAUGGAGAGCAUGUCAAAUGUCCCAUAUGUAAUGAGCAGAGGCGCAACCCCGUAUGGUGGGGUCAAACUUGAAGACCUGAUCGUAAAAGAUGGGCUAACUGAUGUCUACAAUAAGAUUCAUAUGGGAAACUGUGCUGAGAACACUGCAAAGACACUGAAUAUCGCUCGAGGCGAACAGGACACUUAUGCCAUCAGCUCUUACACCAAGAGUAAAGAAGCAUGGGACGCAGGGAAGUUUGCAAAUGAAAUUACCCCUGUCACGGUCUCAAUAAAAGGUAAGCCAGAUGUGGUGGUGAAAGAAGAUGAAGAGUACAAGCGUGUUGAUUUUAGUAAAGUGCCAAAGCUGAAGACCGUGUUCCAGAAAGAAAAUGGCACAGUAACCGCUGCCAACGCCAGCACACUGAAUGACGGCGCGGCUGCUGUGGUUCUCAUGACUGCAGAUGCAGCCCGGAGGCUCAAUGUUAAGCCACUAGCACGAAUCUCAGCAUUUGCUGAUGCUGCUGUAGACCCUAUUGAUUUUCCAGUUGCACCUGCAUAUGCUGUACCCAAGGUUCUUAAAUAUGCAGGGUUGAAAAAGGAAGACAUUGCCAUGUGGGAAGUCAACGAAGCAUUCAGUGUGGUUGUCCUGGCCAACAUUAAAAUGCUGGAGAUUGAUCCCCAAAAAGUGAACAUCCAUGGGGGAGCCGUUUCUCUGGGCCAUCCAAUCGGGAUGUCUGGAGCCCGGAUUGUUGUUCACUUGGCUCAUGCCUUGAAGCAAGGAGAAUUUGGUCUGGCCAGUAUUUGCAAUGGAGGAGGAGGUGCUUCUGCUGUGCUGAUUGAGAAGCUGUAGACAGCCUGUUUUAGGAGACAGUUCAUGUGAUCAGAAACCCUGCUGACAUGGGCCAGCUUAUUUUCAACAUAAGCUACUUUGUUUUUUAUUAUUUUUUUUAUUAAAAUUAAAAAAAAUAAUCAUAUC